AUGCAGUGCAACAACUUCUCCGGUGCCGUCUUCCCAGGAUGCUACUGGGGCAGCUAUGGCUACCCCUUGGGGUACAGCGUGGGCUGUGGCUACGGCAGCACCUACUCCCCAGUGGGCUAUGGCUUCGGUUAUGGCUACAAUGGCUGUGGGGCCUUUGGCUACAGAAGAUACUGGCCAUUUGAUCUCUACUGA